UCCUUGGGAAUCAUGAACACCCGGCAGCAAAGCAAACUUAUCUACUCCUGGUAUGGGAAACCCAUGAGCUCAGACAGAAAGCUGAGGACUACCCAGUAUAAGGGGAUCAUUAUUACCUCAGAAAGCAGCAGAACAGAAACGUGUAUACAGCUUGGGGACUUUAUUCUAGUAGAAGGGGUGAAUGCAGAUCGGCCUUAUGUAGCACAACUCCUGGAUUUAUAUGAAGAUGGUGCUCAGCACAAACGUGCAGUUGUGCAGUGGUUCUGUCAUAUUGGAGAGAUACCUCAGAAUAAAAGGAAGCUGCUUAAAAGAGAGAUUUCUCCCCAAGAGGUGUUUUUUGACCAAGUUCUUGGCUAUGACACUGAUAUAGAUGCACAGACCAUCAUUAAAAGCAUCAUGGUAAUACCACUACAUCCAGGGGAGGAACUACCUAUUACAUCAAACAAGGAACAAACUUUCUACGUGAAACAAUCUUGGGAUGGGAAAUGCUUUAAGGCUUUGUCCCCAGACACAUUCUCUAAGCUGAAAGCCAAGAAGAAAAAAGGCAGCACCCCGGACUCGUCAGAACCAUUUAUUCCUUCAGACAUCUGUACACCCCUGAAAAAAGAGACAGAGAGUGUUGUUCGGAGUGCCACAAAACCAAAAAAUGCUGAGUCAAAACAUUCUGUUUCCAAGUCCUCCCUUGCUAAGGAGAGGCAAUCACAGAGAGCAGCCAAUGACAUCAAAACCCCAACAGCAAGGAAGAAGUUGGAGUUAAGCAGUCCCACAAGAUCUAAAGGCAGGCUCCUGGGAAGUGAAGUUUUGGACCUUUUGGAUGAUGACCGUGAUGCCAUAGCACCGUUAGAAUCAGCAGCUACUAAAAGAAAAGUGACUUUCACAAGUGACAUUUUAGGCUCACCGCCAAAGAUCCCUUGCAGCAGUGAUAAAUCCAAGUCAGUAUCUGACACUGCAGAGCCCUGUGAGAGGUUCAGUGACACAAUUCGAUUGUCCCCCUACCCCAAGGCCAAAGACUUCAGUGAGAAAGCCAAGAACCUUCACGUGGAAGAUGGCAUCAUAUCUUUAGUUGGACAUCAGAAACCGGGCACUCAGAGCCCUGUGCUGACCCCUCGCUCCCGCAGAACAUGUGCACAGAGAACAAGUGCUCUCAUUGCACAGCACAUCAGCGUGUUGAACCAGGAAGAUGAUCUGUCCAGCUCUGACAGUUCUUACUCUUCAAGUAGCGAGGAAGAGGAGGAGGAGGAGGAGGAUGUGCCCUGUACACCAGAAAAGAAAACUAAAUCAAGCAGAAUAUUCAGCACCCCAAAAUCUUCUAGCAAGUCUUCAGUUCACACUCCUGCAAAGACCCCAAAGAAAACUCCUUUACCAGGAACACCCAAGACUCCCCGGAAUGCCACUCCUGAAAUUCCCAGGCGCAGCCAUGCAGCACAGAAACCUGCCAGUGUACUGGAAGAAGCCAGAUUAAGGCUGCAUGUUUCUGCUGUCCCAGAAUCUCUGCCUUGCCGUGAGGAAGAAUUCCAGGAUAUCUAUAACUUUGUGGAAAGCAAACUCAUUGAUGGUACAGGAGGGUGCAUGUACAUUUCUGGAGUGCCUGGAACAGGUAAAACUGCAACUGUUCAUGAAGUGAUUCGCUGCCUUCAGCAAGCUGCAGAAAAUGAUGAACUGCCACCCUUCCAGCUGGUGGAGAUCAACGGCAUGAAGCUGACAGACCCUCACCAAGCUUAUGUGCAGAUCCUAGAGUUACUGACAGGUCAGAAGGUGACAGCAACCCAUGCUGCAGUACUGUUGGCAAAACUGUUCAAUACACCUGGGCCCAAGAGGAAAACCACAGUGCUCAUAGUGGAUGAGCUUGAUCUGCUGUGGACCCGCAAACAGAACGUGAUGUACAACUUGUUUGACUGGCCCACCCAAAAGCACUCCAAGUUAAUCAUCCUGGCCAUUGCCAACACCAUGGACCUGCCAGAGAGGAUCAUGAUGAACAGAGUCGCCAGCAGGCUGGGCCUCACCAGAAUGGCCUUCCAGCCCUACACCUACAAACAGUUACAGCACAUUAUUUCAUCCAGACUGAAGGAUGUGAAGGCAUUUGAAGAGGAUGCAAUUCAGCUGGUUUCCAGAAAGGUUGCGGCGCUGUCGGGUGACGCCCGGCGCUGCCUCGAUAUCUGCAGGAGGGCCACAGAGAUCUGCGAGUUUGCUGAGCCAAAGAGAAGCCCUGAGAUAGUCGGGAUGGCCCAUGUCACCGAGGCCAUAGAUGAAAUGUUCUCAUCACCAUAUAUAAAUGCAAUCAGGAAUGCCUCAUUGCACGAGCAAAUCUUUUUGAAAGCAAUUUUAGCAGAGUUUCGCAGGGCAGGAGUUGAAGAGGCAACAGUCCAACAGGUGUACCACCAGCACAUGGCUCUGUGCAGGAUUGAAGGGAUGCAGAGGCCCACUGUGUCAGAAAUGAUGGCCAUUUGCUCCAGACUCGGUGCCUCCAGGCUCCUGCUGUUGGAGGCCAGCAAUAAAUACCUUCACAUGCGGGUGCGACUGAACCUCAGCCAGGACGAUGUCAUGUAUGCACUCAGGGAGGAAUAGGGCAAAAGAGAUUUUAUCCCUUUUACUGUGUGUAAAGGUUUUAGAUAUUGCCUAUUUUUAUUUUUUUUUAAACUGUUCAUAAAAUGGAAAUAGCUAAAUGUAUUUUUAUUAAAAUGCUUU